GAGCAACGUGUUGUUAAGUUGUUUUGGGCUUUGACUUGUUUUGUUGGCGCUUUGCUUGGUUGGAUUCUUCCAUAACCAUAAGUUUGUCGUUCUAGAAUUAAUUAAAGAAGAGGAUGGACAGAGUGUUGAGUUCCAUUCUAGUAGUUGUCACUACCCUCAUAGUGAUAACAAACCCACAGAAAGUUGCUCCUGGUGUAAAUCCUAACAACUACCAACCACCACCUCAACAGCAGCAGUACCAACCACCUCCACCUCCACAACAAGUCCAGUACCAACAACAGCCCAUCCAGCAACAGCCCAUGCAACAACAGCCUAUUCAGCAACAGCCUAUACAACAGCAGCCCAUCCAGCAUCAGCCGGUCCAACAACAGCCUAUCCAGAGUGCAAUACCUCAGGAGGCAUACCGCCCUCCUCCGCCUCCUCCACAGCAACAACAACAACAACAACAGCAGCCCCAUCACGAUCAUCAUGACCAGCCCCAGCUGCUCAAUGCUGCCAACCUCGCAGAAGAGAGAGAACACAUGCAAGAGCAUCUGAAUGUCAAUAUUGACACCAGCAAGAUGACAGAACAAGAGUUACAGUUCCACUACUUCAAGAUGCACGAUGCAGACAACAAUAACAAGUUGGAUGGCUGUGAGCUGAUCAAGUCUCUGAUACACUGGCAUGGAGACGACAACGUAGAGAUGCAGGUUAUCCGGACUGAUGACGAACUGAGCGAAUCUGUAGACAAUAUGUUGGCCUCCAUGGACUCCAACCACGAUGGCUACAUCGAAUGGCAUGAGUUCCUGGCGGUGAUGGCUAAAAAAGAUAUCAAUGCCUCGUUGUAGAGACUGAUAAUAUUGUGUUCAAGUAAAUACAUUUUAAAAUUUUAACCACAGUUACAAAUUUUAAUCUAGCAGUUUUUGGCGUAAAACAAAUAACUGAGGUAUUUAAGUAGCAUAAAAGUUUGGGGUUUAAUCAAUUAUAAUUUGGUGGCUGCAGUUUGUUGUCUUCCAUCCAUGUCAUUAAAAAAAUCGAACAAAGAUUAAUUUAUGAAAUACGCUUACGUGUAUCCUUGUUUAAGUACUUAGAUUUGCCUGUUUAAUAGUCCCUGAUAUUAAUAGUAAUGUGCAAGAGUCAUGAAAUAAUUAGCACUUUGUACUCCACAAACAAUGUGACUGCAGUUGUAACACCAUUGAUAUCAUGUGUUGACCACUGGAGCUGAAAGAGUUAAAGAGACAAAUUGGUCCAAAGAAAUUGUGUUUUUACAAAACUUUUAUCCAAUACACAUUGAUAUACUAGCUGCAAAGGAGCUUUUUGUGUUUGAGCCAAUGUCCCACAUCUGUUUGACUUGCUUUAGAUCCUCAACCACUCAACCAACCCACUUAAAGAAAUUGUCACGAUUCAUACAAAUUCCAUAAACAUUUAUCGUUAUAUAAGAGAUACUUGGUUGUUUCUCCAAGGUAAAAAAAUCUACAAGUUUGAUCAACCAAUGUGUUUUAUUUAAAUGGACAUAUGAUUGUUAAAAGUCAUGUUGUGAUCACUAAGACCAUGUUACUCAUGAGCUGAUGAAGAUUCAUAUCAGUGGUACCAACAGUAUUAGAAGUACCAAACUUGUAACAACUGUUUUUAUCUCUAGAUCACUUUGUCUCUUUGAUUAUUGAAUGCCUCUUGUAUGUUUUUAUUUAUUCCUGACUGUCUGAGUACGGGAUAAGUUAGUGUGUCAUAUUAACCUGCCAACAUAUGAAGCAAAAAUUUUAUGUUUACGCACAAAACAAUGUUAUUUUAAUAAUAAAUCAUUAUUUAUCAGAUCUUUCUUUUUUGGAUCUUUCUAAUACUGUUAAUUAACAUUGCUCAAUUAAUUAUAAACCGUUACAUUUGGAACAGUUAUAUUGGAAAAGUAGUAGAAAUGAUGUUGCAAUUUUAUUUGUUGUAGUUUAGUAAAGGGUUUAGAUACAAAUUAAUAAUUAAAUGGGAGGCAAGACUCCUGAAUGAAUUGUUACAGGGUUCGCCACAUUGUCACUGAUGUUUUGUCAAAGUAUAAAAAUGUUGCAACAAUAGCGAUUAUGUGUGCUGUAUGGCUGUGGCUGUGAAACAGUGAUUCAUUGCCACUGCUUGUGAUGGCUGAUUUCCUCUCUGUUAGUUUAUAAACUUUUGUUGUAGUAAAUAUAAAACCAACUCUGGACGCUUACCAUUUCAGUGUAACAUCGUGCCCUAAAAAAUCACUUAAUCAAUACCUCUGUCAUUUUAGAGUUUUAUCUGUACAACGUGAACUGAGCCACUUUAUAUACUUAUGUUUUACCUGUAGAUCUAGAAAUCAAAUUAACACCUUGAAUUGACCCAAUAGUCUUCUUAAAAUCUUGCCUUCUGUCUGUCCCUCUGUGUGAUAACUCUUGAUGGGAGGCUUGGAACUUGUUACAUUUUCUUGUCCAAGAAUUCUAUUGAUUUUGGAACCAAAAUUAACAUUUGCAAAUGUGUCUUGUGGAUAACCAUGAUGGCAAUGAGAAAAUUACAGGAUAAACGAACUUGUAAACACAUGUUUGAUUGAUUGGUAAGACUCAAACUUUCGGGCUCUUUGGAUACUCCAUUGUAUCAAUUAACAAUUUCCUGUCUUAAAAUUUUACAACACUUCAAAAUAAGAAUUGUGUGCCACUAUUAAAGUAUAUAAAAAUGUUUGCCCAAGAUAAGGAAAUCAGAAAUAGGGUUGGUCCGUGAAGUGAGCUGGAUGUUUUUCAUUCAUGAUAGUGUUGCAGAUUGUCAAAAUUAUUAAAAAUAGGGUAUUAAUUAUGAAAUUAGGUUUUAGUGUAUUAAUCAUUAGACAUUAUUUAAACGACCAUAACUGUUUACUUAGUUGAGUUACUGUUUUUCUAAUGUUUAAUCACUUUACAGUAUUACAUAGCUAAAUAUAGAUUGGAAUUAACUUAUCAUAAGAGUUGUUUUUAUACAUGUCACAUAUUUUCAUGCACCUAUUAACUAACUGUGUAUAUCAAUGUAUAUCUCUAAUUGAUCAAGUAUGUCCUUUAUAAAUUAAUAUUUAGAGAAGUAAAAAAAUUAAUUAAUCUAUAACAAUUUUUAUAUAAAAUAAAAAUUAUUGUUUUUAAUUAAAUUUAUUGAACAAUAAGAAAGAAGUAUAUUCUUUAUAUUGUUAUAAUAAAACUAGUUACCCAAUUAUAUAUUAAAUUGUAAUGAAAUUUAUUAAAAUAUGCAUGAAGUGAAUAUAUUAAAUUGUAAUUACAUUUAUUUAAAUAUACAUGAAGUGAAAAUCAAAUUGGUAUCCUCAUUAAGUAGUUUACAAUUUAUUUUUCAAUGGUUUUUGAAAUGUGUAUAUAUAUGUUCUGUAACUUUUGGGAAUCACCUAUGUGUUUGUACUAUUAAUUAAAAAAUGUUCUUGGCAUUUAUCUUGUAAAUGUAAAUGUUGAUUAAACUAUAAGUUCUUGUAUAAAAAAUUAACAUUUUAUUAGUGGGCUUUUAUAAUUUACUAUUACUUAAUAGGUAUCUAGUAAAGAAUGUUGUAAUAUUAAUAUUUCAAAAUAGGUUGGUUUUUAAGUUGUAACUUUACGAUUGUGUGAAUUGGUUUUGGGCCAUUAUUUAAGUGAUCUGUUAUAUUCUCCUGUUACCGUAACAUAACUGUGUUGUGUAGUGUAAUAGGACAAUAUUUCUUGUUGUGAACUUUAAGUUCUUGUAGAUAUUAAUUAUUUGAGACUGUGUCUAAAUGUAUCAUUCCGUAAUAUCUUGUGUUUUGUAUAUAAAUGAUUUAUUUCUGUUGGUUGUGAAUUUUAUUUAUAUAUGCUGUGAGAAAAUAACUGUACUGAAGUUAAAUUUUAAAGAGGAUACAAAUAUA